AUGGCUUCUAAAGCUCUUGCGGUUACAGCUCUUCUUCUCACACUUAAUCUUCUUCUCUUCACUUUUGUUACUUCCACAAAAUGUCCACCAACUACUCCUAAACCCCCAAAAACCCCAAGCCCGAAGAAAAACCCGGCGGUUAAACCAACUUGUCCUACCGACACACUUAAGCUCGGUGUUUGCGCAGACUUAUUGGGUUUAGUUAACGUUGUUGUUGGUUCACCACCAAAGACUCCUUGUUGUGGACUUCUUAAGGGUCUGGCUAAUCUUGAAGCUGCGGUUUGUCUUUGUACCGCGCUUAAAGCCAAUAUCUUGGGGCUUAAUCUCAAUGUUCCUGUUGAUCUAAGCUUGCUAUUGAACUAUUGUGGCAAGAAACUUCCUUAUGGUUUCCAAUGUGCUUGA